GCAUCGUAUCACAAAAAUUAAGACGGUCUGAAUCAUAAGAGAACGAGCAGAAGAAGGAGAAGGAGGAGAGCCGGGGGAAAUCCGACUACGUACAAAUGAUUCUUGGUAGACCCUAGUGUCUGCAGCACCACUUACACACUUUGGUCUUGGUUUCUUCUUUGACUCCCUGUGAGCGUGGUUCGUUCUCUUGGCUUUGAUUCUCGAGCCCGCUUCUGCGUGCUGAUAUCAUCGUAUGUGUGAUAUUUUCGGCACCAUAUGUGAAAUAUACGAGCGACACACGGAGAGACACGGAAAGUAAGUGGGAAACACACACUCACACACACACAUACACACAUACACAACCGCAGAUACAGAAGGAGACCAUUAUGAUCAAAGGUGCUACACUAGAGAGUGAAUUGAAAGUGAGCACGACUGACCGGUGAACACUGAGGACACAUCUUCGGGGUGAGCAGCAUAACUCUUUUAUCCUCUCUCGCCAUUGCCAUUGACCAAUUGACCAAUUUCAAACUGCGGUUUGCUCGACAUCGUUCUCAGCUAAUAAAGAAUCAGCCAUUGUGGCUUCGGCUUUUAGCACAAGCACGUAGAGCCAACACGCUUUAAGUGUUUCUUGGUCAGACUCAGAGGGGGGUUUAAUCCGUUUUCAUCUGGAUUGGCAUCGGAUCAUCGUUUGUUUGAGGCCUUUUUUUAAACAAGAAACGGGAAGCUUUGGUGUGGUUUGAAUUGAACUUUCCUCUCACUUUGCAGACGGUUUUAGCAUUUGCUGAAGCUCAGAAACACUGAGAAACAAGCCGAUACUCGCAUACACACACACACAAUUCUCAUACUCAUCGGAAGUGACUAAACGAAACCAUUUGCUUGGUGAUCCUGAAAGUGAAAAUCAGUGAAACUCGAUAGCGGUCGGAACGAAGAGGAACCAUUUGGUCAAAUAAUUCCAGGGCGAAUUAAGAGCUGGGUUGGUUGGUCUGCAUAAUACAAGCUCCACCACGGCCUCAUAACAUCUGUCGGAUUCGUUCUAAGAAAGUGAGUACCAGGUAGUCGGAAAGUGAGUGAGUUAGGGAAGGAGUCGAGCUCUGACAUUGUGUCAUAUGCGACCAGUGCGAGAUCCCAAGGCAAGAAGAGACCUUUUCGCUGAUUCUUUGGCGAAAGUAAAAAAAAAGACUUAGUCGAACCAUUUCCAGUGAAAACACUUACUUACAUAUACUCGACUUGAGCUGGUACUUUGUCGUUGGUCAGAUUGAGGUUGGCAUUGAAACGGAGGGAAAUCGAUUUGAAUCAUUUGAUGAUAAGAAAGAAGUGCCUUGAUCAAGCUUUAUCUCGAAUCUCUCUUUUGCAGGUAAAUAAACACUCACACAAGUCUUUGACAACAAAACAUUUUGCUUGUGGGUGUAAAGGCGUCGUCCACUUUACCUCGCAUUGUCGUCUUCUUUCCGCUUCAAAGAAGUGCAGUGGUGUGUUUCUGUGCUACAAAAGUGACUUAUUGUGGUGUGACUUUUUCUUCACAAGAUGAAACCCUCCUCUACCAUCUCACAUUGUCUUCGUGUUGUUGGAUGGAUGCUCUUGGCCAACCAAUGCCUGGCCAACGAGUGCAAACCAGAGGCCAUGGCCAGAUGUACGGAUCCUCUGAAGGUGGUCACGGAUAACAAGGACUUGGGAUUCGCCACGUCCAUUGAUGAGCUACAGAAGAUGUGCCCCAAGUUGAUGGAUGGCUUGCGGUGCAUCGACGACUUCACAUAUCGUUGUUUGGAUGAUGAGCAUCGCAACUAUUUCAACACCCUGUAUCAAGGCACCACUCAGGUGAUCGUGGAUCUCUGUCAAGAAGGCCCAUAUCAAAAAGAUUAUCUUAGACACGCCCCUUGUAUGCGAGAGGUCCAAGAAGGGUACGAGCAAUGUGCGGAUGAAUAUCAAGUUCGAAUCAAGAAUUUGAGUGGAAGAUCGGACGAAGGAGCGCAAACCGAGAAUGAAGAGAAUGUCCAACUUUUGUGUUGCUCAUUCCAACAGUAUUUGCAUUGCUCUGAGGGCGUGGUCAACCGAACCUGUGGACCCGAAACAGCUCAAUUCACUAAAAGCUUCUUAGACCGAAUGUCUGGACCGCUCAUCCAGGGCCAUUGUCAGGCUUACGAGCAUGGCAGCCACGGAUGUUCUCACGCUCCCCGGUUAGGCGAUGAUUACCCCAUUGCCACGGAUGGUCAAUAUUCCAAUGAUAAUCAUCAACAGCACCAUGAUGGCUCCAAUGCCAGGCCUCUGUGGCCGGAAUAUUCUGCAGCCUCACCUCGGAACAAUGAUGUAUCAUCGGCUCCGUCAGUCUCGUUGGCUCACGGAUCCAUGACCUUUCUGUCUAGUGUCUUCGCCUUUGUCAUGAUGACCAAUUGGUGCACGUUGAUGAUGAGAUAGGCUUCUGUUCGUUUCUUACUCCGCCAAUGUUGAGCUUCAAUUGCUGUGACCCUCUGGACAAACCAAUUCACGAACCGCCAUGUCAACAUCAACCACAAUAAGAGAAAGAAAAGAAAACGAACAUGACUUGUGAGGUUUGCCCGAAAAUAUCAGAUGUACAGGCGGACUCCCGUUCUUAAUAAAGCAUUGUUAUUUUCCGUUUGGACCCGCGAGUCCGCUAAUCUAAUAAUAUAAAAGAAAGCAAAACCUGGCGACAUCCCAAUCUCUUCAAGGUAUGCGAGAGGAAGAAAUGCGCAAUUGAUUUUAUGAGUUGUUAUAUGUUCUUUUAUACUCUAAUUGGAUUUGAAAAUAAACUUUUAUACAUAGA